AUGUCAUCUAAAGCUGCCCCCUUUGUGAAAGCGAUCGCUUCCCGCCGUACUGUUUACUCUCUGAAGCCAGUGUUACCCGAAAAAGUCGAACUGAUCGAGGUCAAACAAGUGGUGCAAGACAUCAUCAAACACACACCCACAUGCUUCAAUUCGCAGGGAAACCGGGCCAUCAUUUUAUCCGGCGAAAGUCACAAGCGCGUUUGGGACUAUGUCUACCAAACCAUCCCGAUCGAAAAGUUCAAAGCCAGACCACUAGCUGCAAGAGACGAAGCAAUCGGAACCGUCGUUUUCCUCGUGAACGAUUCUAAAACCAAAGAGCUGCAAGAAAAGUUCCCAGUGCAUGCAGAUCUAUUCCCAGAGUUGAUCGCCCAUUCAUCUGGUUCGGCUCAACUGUCGACGUGGACAGCUCUUGAACUGUUGGGUUUCGGAGCUAAUUUGCAGCACUUUAACGACCUGAUCAAGGCAGCGCUUCCCAAAGACCUUAUUAAAGAUGACUGGUCUGUUCAGGGUCAACUGGUUUUUGGUCUGCCUGUAGCUGAGCCUGGUGAAAAGACAUUCAUCGACAACGAGGUACCAUUGCUGGAAUAA